CGUCCAUCCCCUCCCCAACACCACCUCUGCUACUGCCUCUGGCUGUGGACCUGCACCUCUUCUCCAUCCUCGCCAGGCCCGGAGAGUGGGGUUAGCCUGGAUGAGAGUGUGCCCCUAACCUGGGGCCCUCCCAAGCCAUGGCUCCUGUGUUCCCAGGGAGGAGUCCAGGACCCUGAGCAUCUGCUAGAAGCUUGGCAGAGGCCCCGCUGGGACCGUGUCUUCUGAGGACAAAAGGCUGCGGCCAGCAGGCAGACUGGGUGGGGGGUGGGGGGGAACCGGUAGCUAGGCAGGCAGAACAGUAGCGGAGCCAACACUGGCCCCCUCCCAGACCGGCGGUGGCAUGAAGAUGGGGGUGGGAGUGUGUAGUGGGAGAAGCACCUACCAGGACCCCCAUCUGCCCGCUACUUGGGCACCCCAAAGCUGUGUGCUGCCCACCUGGUGUUCCCCAACAUCUCCAGCUCUACCAAGUGCACCCCUCUGGCACCUGCUUCCCUUGCUGCCAGUGAUUUAGAUCAACCAGGCUGUAUCCACGGCAACAGAAGCAGGAGUGUCACUGGCUGCCAGAUCAGUGAGGGUCCCACAAUGUGGCCUGGGCUGUGGUUUAUCCUGGAUGAGACAGAGUGAGUCUCCUUCCUGAAUUCCAAGACAGUCCUGCUAAGAGAACCCAGUCUCUACCUACAGGUAACAUACCUUUGCUCACUCACCCUGGAAGAUGUGUCCCAGCUAGUGGGAGGAAGCUGCUAUAGGAAUAGAGGAAGAUACCCAUAUUGUGUUUGGGACCUCCAGAUCUAUGACACAGUAAGCCAGAGGUCCCUGUAUCUGGAGGUGCAGGAAAACCUGGUAUAUGGAGAACAUGGAUUCUACUAGGGACACGGCUCCUAACUACUAGUUCGCAACUUUAGUGGAGGUGUAGCUCAGCAAGAAAACUGAUGGAGUCCGCCAGGGCCCAUCAAAUACUGAACUGGCCAAUCCCCUAGGGUUGGGGGUAGCCUUUGCCCCUCAGUAUGGCCAACACCACCGGAGAGCCCGAAGAGGUGAGCGGCGCACUGUCUCUGCCAUCAGCAUCGGCUUAUGUGAAGCUGGUGCUGCUGGGACUGAUCAUGUGUGUAAGCCUGGCAGGCAAUGCCAUCUUGUCCCUGCUGGUGCUCAAGGAGCGUGCCCUGCACAAGGCUCCUUACUACUUUCUGCUGGACCUGUGCCUAGCCGAUGGCAUACGCUCUGCCAUCUGCUUCCCCUUUGUACUGGCUUCUGUGCGCCAUGGCUCCUCAUGGACCUUCAGUGCACUCAGCUGUAAGAUUGUGGCCUUUAUGGCUGUGCUCUUUUGCUUCCAUGCGGCCUUCAUGCUGUUCUGCAUCAGCGUCACCCGCUACAUGGCCAUCGCCCACCACCGCUUCUAUGCCAAGCGCAUGACACUCUGGACAUGCGCAGCUGUCAUCUGCAUGGCCUGGACCUUGUCUGUGGCCAUGGCUUUCCCACCUGUCUUUGAUGUGGGCACCUACAAGUUUAUCCGAGAGGAGGACCAGUGCAUCUUUGAGCAUCGCUACUUCAAAGCAAAUGACACACUGGGCUUUAUGCUUAUGUUGGCUGUGCUCAUGGCAGCCACACAUGCUGUCUAUGGCAAGCUGCUACUCUUCGAGUAUCGUCACCGCAAGAUGAAGCCAGUGCAGAUGGUGCCAGCCAUCAGCCAAAACUGGACAUUCCAUGGCCCUGGGGCUACCGGCCAGGCUGCUGCCAACUGGAUCGCUGGUUUUGGCCGUGGGCCCAUGCCACCAACUCUGCUGGGUAUCCGGCAGAAUGGGCAUGCAGCUAGCCGGCGGCUACUGGGCAUGGACGAGGUCAAGGGUGAAAAGCAGCUGGGCCGAAUGUUCUACGCGAUUACACUGCUCUUCCUGCUCCUCUGGUCACCAUACAUUGUGGCCUGCUACUGGCGAGUGUUUGUGAAAGCCUGCGCUGUGCCCCACCGCUACUUGGCCACUGCUGUUUGGAUGAGCUUCGCCCAGGCUGCCGUCAACCCAAUCGUCUGCUUCCUGCUUAACAAGGACCUCAAGAAGUGCCUGAGGACUCAUGCCCCUUGCUGGGGCACAGGAGGUGCCCCAGCUCCCAGAGAACCCUACUGUGUCAUGUGAAGCAAGCCCGUAGGUGAUAGGCAGGGGGAAAGUCAGAAUCACCAUACGGGGGCCAGCAGCAGGGGAAGGGUGGGACCCAUACAGAAGCCUUCUCUUUCAAGCUUCAGUCCAGGCUCUCAAACCAUCCAUAACUGAGGCAACUCGCCAACACCUCCCUAGGGUUGGAAACGGGGUGAGGAACUGGAAAAGAGGCAUUUCUAGUUUUGUGGGGAUUGUCCCGCAGCCUCCUCCACUUCAACAAUCUCCUUUUCCCAUGCCCUCCCUGCCUUCCCUUCCCUCUCCCCUCUCCUAUCUUUCUAAAGUAAUGAUUCAGUAAAUGAAAACAAACUGAAAAUGCAGGGUUUUUAAUAAUAACAGCUGAGGAAGUAGGCUCUCUUGCUUAAAUGUCCCCCCUUUUGACAUUGUCAAGAAAUGGGAAGUUUCUCCUGUAAAAUAGAUUCCCAGAGAUCGUAUCGUCCCCUGGGCUCCCAUUCACCCUCCCCUUCCAAAUCCUUUAGCAAGACUUGGAUGUUUAGGAAAUAUUGGCUUAAGUCUUCAGACAAGAGGGACCAAAUGGGGUGCUAUAUUCCUUGGGAGCAAGGAUGUUUAAAUUGCUAUGUGCUAUGUGCAAUGUUGUUUUUGGCUAACCUUGGUCCAAAGCCCAAUCUCCAAUCCCUCCCUACCAUGUCCAGACUUCACAGGUGUUUCUUGAGGCUGUUUGAGAAGCCAAGAGCAUACAAAGAAGAGCCUCCAUGAUGUGCCCAGGCUAGAUGAAGAGCAGAAUGGGGGAUGGGCUCCUCAACCAGAAUAUACCAAACUUAGCUACGUUCACUCAAGCUUCCUCCAGGAAUAUAUAACUAACUUUUCCUCCUAGGAAUAUAUAUCCACUUUAGUCCCCAUUAGGGAUGAUGUGGGUAUAAGCUGACAGGGAAAGUCACCCAUGGGGAAAUAGUUGAACUCUCCAGAGUACCUAGAGCCCAGACCAUGGGGUCAGAGCUAAAUUCAACCCCACAAUUAUCCCUUGGGUUCACAAUACUCCCCCCUAAAAUAAAAUUCUUUGGAGACCUUGAUAAUCAAAAGUUAUACAAACUUCAAGGCACUGUGGAAUUGAGUCCAUUUCUGCUUGACCUCUUUUUGUCCCUUCCAAGCCUCACAGUCCUUGAGCUCCUCCUUGGUUGGGCCCCAAACAUCCUUCCCAGAAGUUUUUUCUCCAUCCACUCUUACAGGUGGAUGGUCCCAAGCCUCUUUUCCAUGGACAAAAACCACUUUGGGCUUACUUCAAGGCCAGUUCUACAGACUGGUGAGCCAAGUUGGAACUCUUUGCCUAAGUCUGGGGCAGUGAUCUCUCCAUCUCCUUUCCUUCCUUAUAAACUCCUGUCCUAAACUCCACCUCUACCCCAAGAUAGGCCCUGAACUGAGGUAGUCUUGACCCAAAAGCAAUGAAGGGGGCACUCUAGGCAGAAGAGAUAUUGAUGACCCUGGUUGUGGAGUGGCCCUGGAAAAGCAAGCCAGAGGAGCUGAGAGGCUGGGAAUGUGUGUUUGGGGUGGGGCUAUUCUCUCAGUGAUGAUGAUAGAAAUGCCUUUCUGAGGGCUGGGGUGCAAAGACCAAGGUGGGAGGGCAAAUAGGGUAAACUCGGGAGGGUUUUCCUCCGUUUCCUUUUUCUAACUGCCUGGAUUCAUCAUUGGAUUUUGUAAAUGGAAAAAGUGAAAUGAACAAUGUUAUAUUGGAUGUUCUCUCUCUCUCUCUCUCUCUCUCUCUCUCUCUCUCUCUGUGUGUGUGUGUGUGUGUGUGUGUGUGUGUGUGUGUGUGUGUCCAUGUCUCCUAUCUGUGUAUGAUCACAUGAGGAGGUAUGAUUGAAUGAGAUAGUGUGUGUCUGUGUGACUUUGUGUGGGUAAGAACCUCUGAGGAAAACUUGCCUGGUACACAUAUGUGAGCAAAUACAUAUAUGUGAAGAAAUAGAGUAUACACACACACACAUACACACAAUGGAGAGGAGACAAAACUUAGUAUGUGCCUGCAGCAGGAAAUAGAGUGCUUAGGAGAUGGAACCUGAAAUUUUUCAUGUAUGUAUGUGUCAAGAGAGUCAACUCCCAUCUCAUAAAGUUGUCUUCCUUUGGCCCAGCUUCUGAGCACCAGGUAAGGAGAGAAUACUUUAGAACCCCAUCUCUUCCCAAUGUCUGGAGAUUCAAUCCUCACCCCAAAUUUCAAACAAGGUAUUUCUUAUAUUAGACCACCAUGGAAAUAGGAACUGGGAAUAGGGGAGGGAUCAAACAUGAAGGCAAUGGGGUUAAGAAAUGGCCCCCUGCAAUGUAAUGGCUUUUAGAGGAACUGCUCAGCCUAAACUGCAAGUCCUUCUUACGGUUCCACUGUAUACAGCUGGGACUUGGUUUAGCUUUGACUAAAUUCAGAAGGAAAGAUAACAUAACGAAAAAGCCCAAGUCUGGGGAUCUACCCAGCUGGCCUACUCCCUAAGCACUCAAUUAAUUUACUAUUUAUUUACUUAUUUCUUCAGGUGCACAGAAUUGAGCUGACCCUAUUACUCAGUUCUUGGCACACUCUAUCAUUGGUCCAUGCAAGGUCCUUUUAUUAUUUUGCUUUGUCCCCUUCAUCACCCAUUCCUGAUCCCAUCCUUCCAACCCCACAUAGGCACCGCUCUUCAGUACUUAAUGUGUGUCCUUCCAAACCACCGUUCAUGUGUUUAUUUACUUAUGUGUAUCUGUGGAAAAUAUAUGGUAUUGAUGUGUUUUAAUUUACAUAAACAGUAUUGUACUAUAAA